AUGUUUAGGUUCAGCAAGAAAGGCGGCAGUAUGGAAAGCGCAACGAUGCUGCAGGAAGGAAAGAAUGCGUUCGGCAAGGGCUCCCUGGCGGACUUUUACGACAAGCUGGAAAAGGAAGACGGUGGCCGGACGUUCGGUAUCGAUGAUUCGACCCACGGUGGGUUGUCGCGCGUCGAGAAUGGCAUGACCGGCAAAGGAGAUCAUCGAGGAUCACCGAUAUCAUGCUACUCGCCGCAGAGUCGACUGUUGCCUUGGCCACCGCAGCACGUACCGACAAGCGAGAGUUCCGGGUCGUCCGCUCGGAAGGCGCAGAACCUGGGUCUGAUCUGUGUCGUCUGUGGGGACACCAGCUCGGGGAAACAUUACGGAAUCCUGGCGUGCAAUGGAUGUUCGGGCUUUUUCAAGCGAAGCGUCCGACGGAAGCUGAUCUAUCGGUGCCAGGCCGGAACCGGAAGCUGUACGGUGGACAAGGCGCACCGAAACCAAUGCCAAGCCUGCCGACUGAAAAAAUGCCUUACGAUGGGGAUGAACAAAGACGCGGUGCAAAAUGAGCGUCAACCACGUAAUACGGCAACGAUUCGGCCGGAAACGCUGCGGGACAUGGAACAGGGCCGUGCCCUGAGGGAGGCAGCCGUCGCCGUAGGAGUGUUUGGACCACCCGUUUCGUUGGCCCUCCUCUCGCCGUCCCGCUACGGACCGAGCAUCCUGCCGACGCCCGCCCUUCCGACGAGCCAGUUCCUGCAUCACCACAGUCAGGUGUCCUCGCUGGUCAACAGCUUGCCGCACCAUCAUCCGCACCAUCCGCACCAUGCCGCGAUGCACGGUCUGGCCAACGGGCUGUCGAUGAACCUGAACGGAAUGGUCGGAGGCCAUAACGGCACGGUCGGUGUGCAGCUUGGCGGUGACCGAGGUGACGGAAGCGCGGCUGGUGGAAACGGGGGGACGCUGCUCGGACCACUGGGCGGUGGCCACAACGGUGCGACGGGGGACAGCAACAACAACAACAAGCACAGCAGCAGCAGCAGCCACAACAACAACCACAACUCGAGCGGUUCGACGGAAAAUCUCAACACGGCCUCGUCCUCGAACCACUCGAUGGCGGGCGAUCAGUCCCCGAGCGGCGGCGGAUCCCCCGCGCACCUGGACACCCCGGUGAACGGGGUGGGGUCGGGCGCGGCCGGCCGAUGUCCAUCGGCCGGCGGAGUUGGCGUCGGAGGUGGCGGUGGCGGCGGCGAAAGUGACAAACACCCGCAGCACAGUUCGUCCUCGUGUGGCUCGGCCAGCCCGAUCCUGGACCAGGACGCCAUGAACGAUAACGAUGACGAUUCCAUCGACGUCACCAACGACGAGGACACGGACCCGGUACAGAACAACAACAACAUUCCCAGCCUAAUGAACCACCCGUUUUACGGUCAGGCUCCGAUGUUCAACUUCCAAGAGACCAUCUACGAAACGAGUGCCCGUCUGCUGUUCAUGGCCAUGGGUCACUAG